UGUGUGUGUGUGUUUGUUUUUGUGAAUUAUGAGGACAUUUGACAAGAAUACACGCAACACUAUGAGGACAUUUUGAAUUAUGAGGACAGGGUCGGUGUCCUCAUAAUUCCGACAACGUAGAAGUGCUUCUAUUGGUCUAGCAAGCUGAAAACCGAAGUUUCUCGAAAAGUCCCUAUAAUACACAUUUACCAGAGUUUGUGUAAAACCUGUGUAUCGCCACAGCGUCCCGGGUGGCAACUCCUGGUAUUGCACCCCCUAAUUAAUAAUUCACACUUGUGUAAAUUUCAAAGCUUCUGAUUGGCUGCCGGGCGGAAGGUCCACAUAAUUACGGAUUGUGACAGAAAAACUGUGUAUGAACUUUUUCCUGAUUGGCUGACUGGUAGAGGGUCCCCAUAAUGUAGGAUUUUGUCAAUUGUGUAUCCCAACACCUCUGAGGUGACUGCUAAUCAGCCAAUGAGCUUCAUUGCUGCAGACCCAAGCUUCCUGGCUUCAUGCUGCCGAGUGAACACGUUGCCAUUUAAUUGCCUACAGGACUGGAGACACGAGGUAAGACUGAAAGCACGCUGCUGUGUUUCAAGUCCAGAAAGUUUUCACUCCUGCUAAGGAGAACACUGUAUGUCAAAAGCAUGUAAGUCAGCUAGCACUACCUUAACAUGCUAACAGGUUAAUUUAUGUUAGCAUUACAUGCUAAUGCUAGCCUAGUUUAAAGAGCUAGUAGGUUAUUUAAAAAGCACAUGUCAGCAUAUGUCUACUAGUUUUUAAGUUUUCAUUUACUCUUUGAAACAAGCAUUACCUGCCAGAAUAAGAAGAUAUUGUGCCUUGUGUUUUUUUUUAACCUGCUAAAUUAAGUUUUAAUACAAACUAACACAUGAAGUGGUAUCUAUUAAAACAGAAUGUAGGUGACGAUGCAUGCACCUGAUGCAACUUUCAGAUGGCCUUAGUUUAGUUUAGUUUAGAUUAGUUAAACAGAAACAGCAAGUGAAAAGUUGAUGUUUUUAUCUUGAUCCUUGACUUAAGGGUGAACAGUGUACAGACUAUAAGUUAACCCUUACUAAUUAACAUAUGACAAAAAGUCUGUUGUAAAAUGUUUGGUAUCAGUUAAAGUAAAACUGACAUACUUAAGUUCUUAAUUAUUCAUUUAUUUAUCAAAGGCAUCAUCUUUAUAUGAGAAUCGAAAGUGAGGCAAUGAGGCCGCAGAGAGUGAAGAUAAAACCUAAAGAAGAGGCAGCAUAUUUUUCAUCCUUGGGAAAGGAUAAGGAUGGAUUUGAUGUGCAAUUCAUAAAUUCAUUCAAAGGUCGAGGAGUAUUCAGCAAGCGCCACUUUCAGAAAGGAGAGUUCCUUAUCGAAUAUCGAGGGCAAGUCAUAUGCAAAGAGGAACAUGAAAGCAGGCUACGACUAUACCAUGAUGCCCUCAAGGUUUUCAUGUUUGAAUUUCGUUACAAUGGAAAGCAUUUGUGGUAUGUAUAUUGUCACACAUACUGUAACUUGCAGUAUGUUGUUUUACACAGAAAAACUCUCUGCUUCACAAAAAUAACAAUAACACAGAGUUAUUCAUUCUGUCAUAGCGAGUUUUAUAUUUUUUGUGAUUUCAGUAUUGAUGCUGCUCAAGAGGAUGACUCCCUAGGGAGACUUGUAAAUGAUGAUCAUGUCAGCCCAAACAGCAAAAUGAAGAAAAUCACUGUCGAUAGACAGCCUCAUCUCUGUCUGUUUGCAACAAAGGACAUCAAGCCAGAUGAAGAGAUAACCUACAACUACGGAGACUCUGACUGGCCAUGGAGGUUAAAGUGUCCCACAGCAAAGGAGCAGAUUUGCUCAGGGGAUUUGGUCAGCCAUGGAAAAAGAACUGCAACAGACAAGGAGAACAGAACUGAGGCAGAUCCACAACCUGCUGCUGUGGCCAUGACAUCUGACUGCUUGACUGAUGAUAAACAGGUUUCAGCUGCAACAGAUCAUUACCAUGCAGAGGAGGCCAUGACAUGUGCUUCCCCCAAUGAAAACACUGAACAGGAGAACAGAACUGAGGCAGAUCCACAACCUGCUGCUGUGGCCAUGACAUCUGACUGCUUGACUGAUGAUAAACAGGUUUCAGCUGCAACAGAUCAUUACCAUGCAGAGGAGGCCAUGACAUGUGCUUCCCCCAAUGAAAAUACUGAACAGGGCUGUAAGCAUGACUUGGUGUCCUCGGUAGUACCAAGCUUGGAAAAAUGUUCCCUGUGUACUGGACCCUUUUCGGCCUUGAAAUGGAUUGGCGUGAGAUGUAAAGUUUGCUGCGGCUUCUGGCACAAAUCCUGCUAUGUCAAGGGGAUGAACACUGACUCUAAAUGCCGACCAUUUGAUCAAGUUACUGAAGGAACUAGUUCAAGUUUCAGUGAAGAGAUAUCAGAGGAGGACUAUGUACCUGACUCUUACAGUGACUCAGACAAUUCAGGAGAAAUUUUAAUAGGGCCUUCAAAAUAUUUUCAAGAAGUGCCUGAUAAUGAAGUGUUCUGCACUGAGCCUCCCUCUGAAAUUCUGGCGAAAACACCUUGCCAAGAGCAGCUCUUAGAUGAAGUCACGUUACCUGACAUUAAAGAAGCAGACAGUACCAUGCAUCUUGAGAAGAAUUGUGGCGACCCCAAGCAACCCUCAGAGGUCGUUCAGCCUGAAGUUCAGAAAGACACUGUUGAAGAUCAAUUUGAGACCACGGACAAAACUGGAGAAGAUCAGUAUGUACAGUCUUCAGGCGUAUCCUCUUCUGGAAGUAAGAUCAAUUAUUGCUACAUUUGUGGCAAAGCACAGUCAAAAAUUACUCGCCACUUGAAAACCCAUGAGAAGACAAAUGUGGAUGUUGCUCAAGUUUUAGCACUCCCAAAAUACUCCAAAGAACGACAAAGACGGCUGAACAUACUACGGAACAAAGGAAAUCAUAAACAUAAUACAGAAGUUUUAACAAGUGGGACUGGAGUGCUGAAAAUGAAACGCAAACCCAAGAAUAAGCAUGAUGUUAAACAGUAUGUGCAUUGCAUGUAUUGCCAUGCUUUGUAUCUUCGGAGGCAUCUGUGGCGACAUCUUCAAAAAUGCCUCUCAAAACCAGGAGAAACCAACAAAGGGCAAGGAAGAACUAGGGUCCUUUCCUUGGCCACAAUGUCAGAGUCAGCCCUACCUCAACAGAUAUCCCAAGGUGUUUGGAAACUGUUAACUACUAUGAAAGAUGAUGAAAUUUCUGCUGCUGUGCGAGGUGACUUCUGCAUUCUUCAGCUGGCGCAGUCAUUUUUCAACAAACAUGGUCACGAUCCCACCAAAUAUGAAUAUAUUCGGCAGAAGCUUCGUGAAGUUGGAAGACUUCUACUAAUACUGUGUAAAGAAUUUUCCAUAUAUAAUCUUGAGGAUGCCAUAAGACCUGCAAAUUUCCAUUCGGUUAUCCAAGCAGUCAAGACGGUGUCUGGGUUUGAUGAUGAAAAGCACUGCUACAAAACGCCAAGCCUCGCACUGAAGUUGGGUCACUCAUUGCAAAAGAUCAGUGACAUCAUCCACUGCAGAGCUUUAAUGACAGGAGACAGUGAGCUGAAAAAGUCAACCCAGACUUUCAAAAAGCUUUACACCUCAAAGUGGUCUGAACUUGUCUCUCAUACUGCUUUGACCACCUUGAAUGAGGCACACUUUAACAAGCCAUCCACCCUGCCUUUUACUGAAGAUGUGCAAUGUCUUCACCAGCAUCUUGAAAAGACAACAGAUUUGGCAUCUGAGAACCUGGGAAAAACGCCUUCACCACAAGUUUAUGGUGAACUUUGCAGAGCAACUUUGGCAAAGAUAAUACUAUUCAACCGAAGACGUGGAGGGGAAGUUGCAAAAAUGCAAUUAAACAGCUUCCUUGGGAGGGACACGACGCCUUUACAUAAGGAUGUUGCUGUUGGCCUCACAAAGUUUGAACAAAAACUCUGUGAACAUUUCAGCCGGGUGGAAAUUAGGGGUAAAAGAGGACGAAAAGUUGCUGUGUUGCUUUCACCAGAUGUGGUUGAUUCAUUGACACUUCUUUUCAACAAAAGGAAAGAAUGUGGAGUUCCAGAGGAGAACAAUUUUUUGUUUGCAAGGCCCCACUGUUUAACUCCUUACAGAGGACAGGACUGUUUAAGGACUUAUGCAAAUGAGUGUGGUGCUCAGAACCCAGAACUCCUCAGGUCAACACAGUUACGCAAACAUGUUGCAACGUUGUCCCAGGUCCUGAACCUCAAAAACCACGAACUGGACCAAGUUGCAGACUUCCUCGGCCAUGAUAUUCGUGUCCACAGAGAAUACUACAGGCUUCCAGAGGCUACAACACAGCUGGCCAAAAUAUCCAAACUACUGCUUGCCAUGGAGAAAGGGUCCAUCACAAACCUUCAGGGAAAAACUCUUGAAGAGAUUGAGAUAGAAGAUAAUCUUGACUUCACUGCUUCUGAAGCAAGUGAAGAAAGUGAAGCUGAGGAAGAUGAUCAGCCCUCAUAUCCACAAACAGACAUGGGACAGGAGAGAGCCUUGCAACCUGUUGACAAACCUGCAGCUGCCUCAGAUGACUUCACAGAUUACUCUACCCUUGUAGGGACUUCUAGGGGACAGGAGAGAGCCUUGCGACCUGUUGACAAACCUUCAGCUGCCGCAGAUGGUGACUCUGCCCUUGAAGGGACAUCUAAAGAGGAUAAUAGGAAGAAAAAGGCCAACAGAAAAAAAACCCAUCAUGAACCAAGUGUGGUUCCCAAAAAUGCUGAAGUGGAUGAUCCUAGGAGGAAACAAAAACAGCCGUGGUCUCCAGCUGAGGUUGCAGCAGUGAUGAGACACUUUAAAGAUUACAUCGAGAAGGGUAAACUAGCGACAAUGAUUCAGUGUCAGCAGUGCAAGACUGCUGAGAAUCAUGCUCUUGCCAAUCGCACUGUUCAAAAUAUAAGAGACUUUGUAAGAAAUCGUGGCAUAACCCUGAAGAGGAAGAACCAGUAAGUGAACAGGCACAGUUUGAUUUUGAUAGUGUGUUUUGUUACAUGUUAAAGUUAAGAGCUGGUCUCUGUUACGUUGUGACAAAACAACAAAAAAAUAAAGUUGGUUGCUUGUAACUGUUUAUGCCUGGUGUAAUGUCUUUGUCUAUCAGAUAUGUAUUACUAGGUUUUACCUGAGGUGGCUAAUGACAUUUCAUAUUGAGUACGUCUUACAAACAUGCCUAAUUGCUCACCACAGAUCAGGUAUGUCUUUAAAUUUCACAAUAGUAUUGUGUGUAGCUAUUUGUCCUCAUAUACUGGGUGUGUCCUAUUAAUGCACAUUACCUUCAUUUUUGUGUUUGUGUGAAUCCAUGUUCCAGCAAGUCACAUUUGACCCUCCAAGUCACAUUAGUGUCAGUGUUUGUGUGUUGUGUGACAACUGUCCUUAUAAAUCAAGUUGGUUCUGAUAAUUCUCAUUUUUGUCAUGGGCGGGGUUUAGGCAGCUCAUUAACUUUGUCCUUACAAGUCGGCAUAGUGUCAGGUUGUUGUAACUUGAGCUGCUUUUUGUGUUUCUGGUUUUUGAAGUGAGAUUUGCAUAGUACAGCCCAAACCAGAUUUUUUGAUAUAUGCCACGCCUCUGGGAAACAAGCGGAAAGGGGUGCCACCCUAAUACACCAAAAAACUUGUUUGGAGAGAAGUGUCCUCAUAGUACUUAUAAACCCGUAUGUGUGUGUGUGUGUGUGUGUGUGUGCGUGCGUUCGCGUGUGUGUGUAUGAAAUGCCAGCAUGUUGGCGCCACGGUGCGGGGAUGUUAUGUCUAGCUGCAGUAAUGCUAGAAGCCGUCCAACGAUGGACAGAGUUGUUUACU